AUGAAGAGGAUGCGAGAGCCAUCUGAAAGAAAGUCAAAGAAGAAAACUCAGAAGCUGGGGGAACCAUCUGUAUCCAGACCUCCUGUGCCUCUGGUCUCCUCCUCUCCUUGUAAGUUUCAACCCUAUGAAUCUCCUACUUUACAUAUAAGGCAAUUAUAUUUUUCCUUACCUCAACCAUCUCCAAUCUACACAGACUCUGAACCCACAACAUCCACCACAAAUCCUUUUGAAACUCAUACCUCUAAUCCACCCUCGCCUCCUCUUCAACACUUUAAUCUAACCACUACAACACUACCAAUAUUUGAGGCCCUACUAUUCAAUGAACCCAUAUCACGACCCUCCUCCACUCUCUCAUCUCAAUCCUACUAUAACAUCUCAUCUGACUCUGACCAGCCUGAAGCAUCUGACCCUCAAUCCCCUACUCUUGCACAACUCCAAGCUCACUCCAUCUCUACUCAAAACCCAUCUAAGCCAGAAACCUCCAUUCAUUCCCCAUAUGAACACCCAACAAUACCACCCUCUGAACCUCACACUGAAACUCCCUCUAAAAACCUUGUUACCCAAACAUCUGACCCUCCCAUUGAAACCAUCCUUACACCACCAGAACCUAUCCUUCCCACCGUUGAACCUAAACCCACCUUCCCCACUCUAGAAGAGGCAAUCGCCUUAUUUGUUGAAGAAGCUGGAGAGAGGUUACAAGCCCGUCUGGCCAGAGAGGAAAAAGAGAGAGCUCGCAGAGAAGCAAAGGAAAAGGCUCGCUUAGAAGAAGAAGAGAAAGCAAGAAGAGAAGCUGCAGAAAAGGACCCCGCUGAGGUUGUUGCUGCUGCUGAAGCUGAAGCCAAAGCCAAGCCUGACGCUGAAGAAGCAGCACGCAUUGCUGCAGAAGAAGCUUCUAAGGCUAAGGAAACUGCUCUGACUCAGGGGGAGUCAUCUCACUCUAUUUUUGCUCCACUUUUGUUGAAGGCUCUGAAGGAACUACAAAAAGAGCAACAGAUUGUGAGAGCCAGACUGGAUCAACAGGACUCUGUCAAGUCCAACAUUUAG